GAAGAAGAAGACGCAGAAGAAGAGCAAUAGCAGUACGCACACUGUGUGUUUGUUUUGAGGAGACAGUCUGGAGCGCUGCUGACGCCGUUCUGCUGAUUAUUAAGCGGAACAUUCAGCACAUUUGCUGGGCUUUGUUUGGGUAAACAUCCAGACACACUGUGGGCCCGGGACCGGCUGUGUUUACUGUUUACGUUUUCUGCUGGUUGCCAGCAAACUGUCUGAUCUAAAGGAGGACAGUGAGAAUAGUUUGGCCAUGACAGGAGGCAUGGCAGCACCGCUCCCGAUGAGUAACCACACCAGAGAGAGAGUGACUGUGGCCAAACUGACACUGGAGAACUUCUACAGCACCCUGCUUACCCAGCAUGAGGAGAGGGAGAUGAGGCAGAAGAAACUGGAGAAGGUGAUGGAAGAGGAAGGCUUACCUGAUGAAGAGAAGAUCACGAGGCGCUCCCAGCAUGCUCGUAAGGAGACGGAGUUUCUGAGGUUAAAGCGAACUCGACUGGGGCUUGGUGACUUUGAGUCACUCAAAGUCAUUGGAAGGGGAGCUUUCGGAGAGGUGCGUCUGGUGCAGAAAAUUGACACGGGUCACAUCUACGCCAUGAAGAUCCUGCGAAAAGCAGACAUGCUAGAGAAAGAACAGGUCGCGCACAUCAGGGCUGAGAGGGAUAUCCUUGUGGAAGCAGAUGGAGCAUGGGUCGUAAAAAUGUUCUAUAGUUUCCAGGACAAAAGGAACCUUUAUCUCAUCAUGGAGUUUCUGCCAGGAGGAGACAUGAUGACGCUGCUUAUGAAAAAAGACACUCUUUCAGAGGAGGUCACUCAGUUUUAUAUAGCAGAGACCGUCCUGGCUAUUGACUCCAUUCACCAACUGGGCUUCAUUCACCGCGAUAUCAAACCAGACAACCUACUGCUCGAUCUACGGGGCCAUGUCAAGCUGUCAGACUUUGGCCUGUGCACAGGUUUGAAGAAAGCUCAUCGCACCGAGUUUUACAGAAACCUUACACACAACCCUCCCAGUGACUUCUCUUUUCAGAAUAUGAACUCAAAAAGGAAGGCUGAAACGUGGAAGAAAAACAGACGACAGCUGGCGUAUUCUACCGUUGGCACACCCGACUACAUCGCCCCGGAGGUCUUCAUGCAGACGGGCUACAACAAGCUGUGUGACUGGUGGUCUUUGGGAGUCAUCAUGUAUGAGAUGUUAAUAGGAUACCCCCCCUUCUGUUCCGAGACACCACAGGAAACCUACAGGAAAGUCAUGAACUGGCGAGAAACUCUGAUCUUCCCUCCUGAGGUUCCUAUUUCAGAGAAAGCUAAAGACCUGGUCCUCAGAUAUUGCACAGAUGCAGAGAACAGGAUUGGAGCACUGAGUGUGGAUGAGAUCAAGUGCCACCCUUUCUUUGAGGCGGUUGACUGGGAGCACAUCAGAGAGAGACCUGCUGCUAUUUCAAUUGAGAUCAAGAGCAUCGAUGACACCUCCAAUUUCGAUGAUUUUCCUGAAUCAGACAUUUUGCAGCCAGUGACCAAUCUGUCUGAACCAGACUUCAAGUCUAAGGACUGGGUUUUCCUCAACUACACCUACAAGCGCUUUGAAGGACUCACACAGCGUGGAAGCAUCCCGCCCACACAGAGUUGGGCAAAGCCUAAGACCGAAAGCUAAGGAAGAGCUUUAAGCUGAAGACAAAGCCCUCGUGUCGUCGUGUAAAUGCUCUGUGUGUUCCCUUGGCUUCAGAGGCUUCCUGCGCUGUAAAUAUAAGGUGCAAAGUACAUUUGCAUCGGCAUGAGCCCAAGCAGGUCAUUAAUAAAAAUAAAUACUAGUGGGGGGGACCCCGAAUCAUUCUGACUACCCCUGAAUUUACACUGGUUUAUAUUUGCUCAGGUCAGAGGAUGCUCAUGUUGGACAUCCUUUUUCAUUGUUCAAACACUGUACUGUAGAUUUAACAGUGAAUUUAACAGGGUCUUUUACUGUAAGUUCUUACCUCAGCCUUAUGUGCAAAUCGUACAGAUCAAGCUGUAAGAAAGUUGUUGUCGAUAAUUUGGAAUAAUGCUGAUUUUGGUGGACGGAAAAGUUACUGUUCAUGCUACACUGGCUCAAAAUCAGAUGAACAGGGUUUUGCACAGUUAGGUGUAAUAACUACAGGAUAGCGUAGUUCAUUAAUGCACUUGCCCCUAAGCAACAUGUAAGGCUUAUGCUCGUAUUUAUAUCAGACAGAAUUUAUUGCACAGUUAGUAAGCACUACUGGCUUUCUUUUUCUUAAGUACGUUUAACAAUUUAAAGUGUCCGUUAUUGCAUUAUUUUCUAAUAUAUUGCCGCACUGGUAAACAUUUUUAUUGAAACGUUUUGCGUUUGGUAAAUACUUCAGGAAUAAUUGCAGUACGUGAUCUCUCUGGGUAAAGUUUAUUGUGAGGAUGGAAUGCAUCUUUUUAUAGGACUUGAUCGGUCUUGUAUCUGGAUCCAUUUGAUGUGUGUUAUUUUGGUCAAAAGGGACAAACUGUGUACUCAGCAGCUACAGCAACGAUGAUCCUUCUUUACCAUACAGAAAGUGACAGAUUAAAGGAAAAGUCUGAAGAACUGUGUGAAUCUCGAGUUUGGAUUGGUUAUGUUGCUGGCAGGGAAAAGCCACUUCAACUCCAUAGAGUUCUCCUACGAGGAAACAUUUCUAUCCAGAUGGGUCAAUCGAGAAUCAUAUCCCUAGACCUCCGAGCCCAGUAGCUUAUUAAAAAGUGUAGUAGUGUAGUGGUUAACACUGUCAUCUCACAGCGAGAAGGUUCUGGGUUCAGACUUUUCUGUGUGGAGUUUGCAUGUUCUCCCCGUGUCUGCGUGGGUUUCCUCCGGGUGCUCCGGUUCCCCCUACAGUCCUAAGACGUGUUUAGACUAGCUGGCUACUCUAAAUUAUCCAUAAGUGUGAAUAUCUGAGCUGUGGUCAGACAUGAGCAGCAUGGCGGUUGACUCUAUGUUGAGCUGUGUCCUUCGUAAUUCAGCUGCAAGAAAGGAUGAUUAGCCACCCCAAACUUCAACUCCAGAUGGGCGUGGCGUGUUCUGUGACCUUCGUGAUCAGCAGACUGAACACCUUUUGGAGCGAAGUGUUAGACCACUGUUAUUAAAACGGUAGGAAUAUCUUUAGGCAGAACCAUCUUGCCUAAAGAUAUUCCUGCAGUACUGAUAUUCUUGAUAUGUAGUACUGUUCUACAGAAUUUCAGUUGAUCUGGCAGCUCGUGGUGACCCAAUAUACCUAUAUAUACACUAUGGCACUUUUUUUUUUCCCUUAAAUUUGUCAUCCGUCUGUGUGCAUUAAAAGGUAGUUGUUGUGUGGGGGGAGUAUUCAUGAUGAUCUAGUCACUGUAGAACGUGGUUAUUUAUUGCUUGUAAAUUUAUCUUGUGAAACACAAACAAAAGACAUAAAGGAGGUUCCUAACCCUGUCCUGUGACGAUUUUCGUUCUGUUUCAGCUCCAUUACACCUGACCUGGUGUUUGGACUACACUCCGCUAAUUAGGUAUAUCUGUAAGGAAAAUCACAGGUCAAUAUUAUUAAUGUGCUUGUUAUAAUACAUUGUUGUUUGUUUCAUUCUGAUAAUAGAGGUAAAGUCGUUUUCUGCCAUCGUAACGUCCAUGGAUGGAUGAUUGUUGCAUUUUAUGGUUUCUCAGUAACAAGCUUCAUUUUGUUCUUCUUUACAUUAAGAGAAAGUGAAAAAGUGACUUUGUUUAUAGCUGCUAUAAUGUACGUGUUAACAGGAACUAACUUGUUUUGUGGAUGUUCCAUAACAUUAAAUGUGACUAUAAAUGAGAAAA